GGUCUAGAGUCUAUCCGGACCAAAAACAUAUUCUAAUUUGUAGUCGUUGGAUUUUGUUUCUUCGAAUGGAUGGCUAAGAUUGUACCCAUCAGUCACUUGUGAAAAUCUUGCCCAAAACUCUCCUUCCCGCUCUCCCCUUCCUGCUCUCGCCUUCCUGCUCACAAAUCUGAUCUCCUUCCUCCUCUCGCAAAACUGAUUCUCACACCAGUUCGAAUCAGAUCACAAAUGCACCAGCUCUUUGAUUCCCAUGCUAAUCGCACGAGCUCUCCACUCGCACCAGAUCUCUGAUUCCCACACCAGGUGCUGCUUUCCAUUUGCACCGACUCGUUGAUUCCAAAACCACUCGCACCAGCCAACUCUCUGAUUCCCACACCACUCGCACCAGCCAACUCUCUGAUUCCCACACCACUCGCACCAGCUCGUUGAUUCCAACACCACUCGCACCAGCCUUUGGUUUUCUCAAGUGAGUAGUGAUUGUUUUGGAGUCUGGGAUGUGAUGGUUUUGUUGUGGUUGUCUCUGUUCCAAAAAAUACAGGGUCGUAUUUUACAUUCAAAGCAGCAGUUUAGUUAAAAUGUUAUGGAAAUUUUGUUUUUUUUUAAAAUUUAUUUAUUAUGUAGCAGUUCAAAUUUCUUAUCUUGAUUCACGUUUAGAGUUAUGAACUGUGCUUGUUCACGCAUAUUCAUUGCUAUAAUGACUCCUAUAUUUGAUUCCUUUAUGCGUUUCCUAACACUUAAAUUACAAUUCGUAGUUAUCUCUCUGUUAAGGCAAAUGCACAAAUUUGACACUGAUAAUAUUACAUUAGGCUACUUCAUGGGAAAAUUGACACGAAACCCCUUCAAAUUAAAAUGUUCCCUGAUUUGAAGCUUAGUAAUUAAAUGAUUGAUAUUGCAAGUUGCCUCAAAUGGAUAAUGCUAACUCUCUGUUUGAUGAGAUGGAGAACAAUAUGUUGCUCCUAAUCUAAUGAUUUACGGCGCUCUCAUUUCUGGGUAUUGAAGACUCGGAAAUAGAGAUAAAGCAAUUGUAUUAUUUAAUGAAAUGGUGGAGAAAGGUAUUCUUCCAGAUGAUAUUGCCAAUGGGGCUUAUUACUGGAUUGUUUACUAAAGAUUAGGGAAAUUUUGGUACAAAUAUGGUACAUUUCUCAUAUCUCUUUCUCACUUUGUCUGUAUGACUCUUCAUUGUAUACCGGUUUAAUAUUUAUCUUUUGCUUGUAUUUAGGUUGUAUGGUUUUUUUACCCGGUGUACUAGUGAUUUUCUUUGGUAUGGUUUAUUAUUUAUUGAUGUAUAAUAAUCCACAUUAUAUGCUCAAUGUUGACCUUGUUCGUUAUUUUCUGUUUUAUUGCUACAACAAAUCCAAUCUUUAAUUAUGGUAUAAUGUGUGAUCACAUUGUUUCCGAUGACAGACUGGAGGCUGUAAUAUUCCUCUUAUUCUGUGAUGGUUGCCCUUGCGUAUUGAACUAGCAGAUAGACAACCCUUAUAUAUUUUGUUUUUCCUAGCUAAUUUUAUGUUGUAAUAAAGCACAAAAAUAGUGAAACAAGAAAUUUUAAUGUUAUGGUUUUGCUUUGCUGCCUAUAAAGUUAGUCUUCAUUUAUUGACUAUGUUAUCAUGUAUAUAUGUAGUAAUGUUAUGGUUUUGCUUUGCUGCCUAUCAGGUUAGAAAUUGAUCAAUAGGAAGUUCGUUUGAGUGCACUUUGCUCUGAAAUAUUGGAAAUAUGAAUGUACAACAGUUAGCAGCUAAUUAUGACCCCAUAGGAGUUGAAGAAAUAUCCUUGCUAGCAUCUUCGAAAUCUGUUGAUGAUGUUUACAUUCCCCAAGUGUCCUAAAAAUGCAAACCGAAUGUUGGGAAAAAGUUAUAAUCAAUAGAUGAGGCAUAUGAGUUUUACAUUAAGUAUGCAAAAGAGGCUGGAUUUAGUGUUCAUAGCAACUCUAGUAAGAGAUGUAAAGAUACAAAUGAAGUUGUAAGGAAAGAAUUUAUGUGUUGUAAGAAAGGAGUGUCUUCGAUAAAGGAAGGAGAGAAAAAAAGGUGUGGGGGGAUGACAAGAAAAAAUUGUAAAGCAAAACUUGCCGUUGUUAGGUCAAAAUUGGAAAAUUUUGUCAUAAGUUUUUUUGUUGAAGAACAAAGUCACAAAGUCAUCCAUUAUCAACCCCUCGAAAAGUGCAUUUACUGAGGUUACAUCGUAGUCUGUAUGAAGUCAAGAAAUCACUAGCCUUGCAGUUUUCAGCAGCAAAUGUGCCAACUCACCAACAAAUAAGUAUUCUUGAAUUUGAAGCUGGAGAUAUAGAGAAUAUUGGAUGUACGAAGAAGAUAUCUACAAUCAUGAAGCUAAGUUGCGCAUGAAAUGAGAGGACAAGAUGCAGAACUAUUGAAGGAAUAUUUCCUAACUGAGCAAAUAAAAGAUCCAUCAUUCAUUUUUGAAAUAGAUGUAGAUGAUGAUUGUCAAUUGAAGCGUUGUUUUUGGGCUGAUUCGGUUUUUAGAACAGCUUACGGAUGUUUUGGUGAUGUAAUUAUUUUUUAUACAACUUACAACACAAAUCAGUAUAGUAUGAUUUUCACCCCCUUGGUUGGGGUUAACAAUCAUGGUCAAACAGUGUUAUUUGCUUGUGCAUUUUUAAGUGAUGAUAAAACGAAUUUGUUUGUUCGGUUGUUUGAGGUAUUAAAGAAAAGCAUGCCUACUAACAACCCAAAGAUGAUUAUCACCGAUCAAGAUCCUAUAAUGACCAAGGCCAUAGCUCAUAGCUUACUAAAUACAUUUCAUAGGUAUUAUAGUUGGCACAUACCUGAGAAGUUUUCUACAUAUUUGAAUGCAAUUACUUACAGAGAUUUUUAUAAGGACUUCCGACAAUGCAUUUGGGAAUCAGAAUGCCCCAUGGAGUUUGAAAGAAAAUUGGAAACCAUCAUCAACAAGGCGAGCCUAUAUGACAAUGAUUGGUUAAAGUCAAUAUUUGAAAUGCGUAACAGAUGGGUGCCUGCAUAUGUUAAUCAUAUAUUCUCGUCCGGGAUGUCAAGUAACCAACGUGCAGAAAGCUCACAUGCAUUCUUCAAGAAAUAUGUUUCCAAGAAGAAUUUAUUGAUGGAUUUCAUACUUCAAUUUAAUAGGGCACUUGCACAUCAACGUCACGAAGAGUUAGCUACUGAUCAUGUUGGUAUUAAUGAGAAGCCUCUUUUAAAAUUGUCAUUGGAAAUGGAAAAGAAAAUGGCUGAGAUUUACACACGCAAGAUUUUUCUUAAGUUUCAAGAUGAGUUGUGGCAAAGCUUAGUAACAAUGCCACAACUUGUGCGUGAGAAUGAUACACAUAAAGUGUAUACGGUCGAGAGCGGUCCUCAUUAUAGUGGUCAUAGAGCUCGGGAAAUUGCUUAUGACAAAGGUUCAAACUAUGCAUCUUGUAGUUGUAAGAAGUUUGAUAGUCAAGGAAUACCAUGUAAGCAUAUUUUGGCAUUUUUGUGACUCUUUGGUAAUAUUCUCUUGCCAAAUAAGUAUAUAAUGAGAAGGUGAACUAAAGUUGCAAAAUCUCAAAUGAUAUCCAAUAAGCAAGGUGUAGAGAUAAGUGGAAAUGGUAGUUCAAUGUUGAUGUGGUGAGCUAAACUAUUCCACCUUGCUGCAGAAGUCAUUGAUAAAGCCAUUGCAGAUGAGGAAUCAAGUAUAAUUAUGAGUGAUAGUCUGAAAGGUUUGUUUGAGAAGCUUAACUCUGUAGGUGGCAGCAAGAAGAGUGGAGGCAUGUCUGCAAAAGAUAGUAAUGUUUGUGACACAAGUUUGAAAGAUCCAUCUCAAGUGAGGGCAAAGGGAUGUGGACGAAAAUUAAAAGGGGCAAAGAGAUAGCAAUUAAAACUGCAAAGUAUAAAAAUCGACAUUGCAAUGGAUGUGGAAAAAUUGGAGAAUCACAUGACAAAAGAAAUUGUUCAAUCCUCAACAAUCGGCCUUCACAAAUUGGGGAUAUUCCUCCACAAGCAUCGUAGAUUGAAUCACAAUGUGACAAUUUUGCUUCAACAGGUCAACAUUAGAAAACUAAGGGAUGACCCCCGGGUGUGAUCAACUAUCAUGCAACAUCUUCGUGGAAAUAUAACGUCUCUUAGUGUCUGAUUGUUGUUGUCCUGGAUUUCUUUUGUUUUUUUUUUUUUUUUUUUUUUUUGGUCAUAUGGCAAUAACUAUCAGCUUAGUUACUAAAAUAGAGUUGAGUUAUGACAAUAGACUCUUUGAAAAAGCCAUGUAAUGGAAACAUGAGGUCUUGUUUGAUUAUUGAAAUGAAUGUAUGCUAGUUUGCCUUUAGUGUUGUUGAU